AUGCCCAAACAGUCCUCUCGAGAGAUGUUCAAGUGGGGCAGGCACAGGCGUGCCCUCGUGAGCCGGGUAUACUCACAGGACCGUCGAGAGUGCCCCCUUCAGACGACGAUGGGUUCGAGACAAUUCACGUUGAUCCUGCAAGCGAGAGAUGAAGCGAGCGCCGGCGUGAUCGAGGAAGCGAGUUACAGUGGCAUCGUCCUGCCAGGACCCACGUGGCAUACUCUCAAUCAUCAAGGGAGAAACGCUCACUUGGCGUAUCGGGUGCGAGUCCAAUGCGCCGAUCAUUAUUAUAAUGCGACUUGUACCAAGUUUUGUCGACCUAGAAAUGACAUUUUUGGCCAUUACACCUGCGACGAGAACGGGGACAAAGUGUGCAUACAGGGAUGGAAAGGCGUCGACUGCGAGACAGCCGUGUGCAAGGAGGGCUGCCACCCCGUGCACGGUCACUGCAACGUCAGCGGCGAGUGUCAGUGUCGGCACGGCUGGCGCGGCGAACUGUGCGACCAGUGCAUGCCUUAUCCCGGCUGCAAACACGGCUACUGCAAUGGCUCGAGCUGGCAGUGCAUCUGCGAUACCAAUUGGGGCGGUAUACUGUGCGACCAGGAUCUCAACUACUGCGGCACCCACGAGCCGUGCCAGAACGGCGGCACGUGCGAGAACACCGCGCCCGAUCAGUACCGAUGCACGUGUCCGGAGGGCUUUUCCGGACCCACCUGCGAGAAGGUCGACAAUCCGUGCGCGUCCAACCCGUGCUUGAACGGCGCGACUUGCCGCGAGCUCGGCGAGACCGCGCAGUGCGAGUGUGCCCCGGGCUUCGCUGGACCGUUUUGCGCGACCGACAUCGACGAGUGCGCCUCGCAACCGUGCCAGAACGGCGGUACCUGCGUGGACGGCAAGAACGGCUUCGUCUGUAACUGCCCGGCCGCCUGGCAGGGCGUGCUCUGCCAGUUCGACGUGGACGAGUGCACGCUCAAGGAGUCGCCCUGCAAGAAUUUCCUCACCUGCAUCAACCUUGCUGGCGACUACAGGUGCCGAUGUCGGAGCGGCUUUACCGGCAAAAACUGUACGAAGAAUAUCAACGAUUGUGUCGGCCAGUGCCAACAUGGCGCGCUCUGCAUAGACCUAGUGGACGACUAUCAUUGCAGCUGCACUCCUGGCUACUCUGGCAAAGACUGUGACGUCGACAUCGAUGAAUGCGCGUCCAAGCCGUGCCAGAACGGCGGCGAAUGCCGUGAUUUGGUGAACGCUUAUGAGUGCGUGUGCCCGGUAGGCUUUACCGGCUAUCAGUGCGAGAUCGAUCGAGACCACUGCAGCCCGAACCCGUGCCGCAAUUCAGCACCGUGCUUCAACACACAAACUGAUUAUUAUUGUCACUGUCCGACACAAUGGCAGGGCAGAAACUGUUCGGAGCCAGCCUCGCAUAAUCCACAAUUCGAUGCAUUGGACGACGAACAAUCGGGUUGCGGCAGCGAGGGUACUCCGUGCGGUGGCAAGGGCCGAUGCAGCGGCGGUAGAUGCAUCUGUGACCCCGGCUAUACCGGCGUGCAUUGCCACGAGAAUAUCAACGACUGCCGCGGCAAUCCUUGUCUGAACGGUGGCACGUGCGUCGACUUGCUUAACUCAUUCCAGUGCAUUUGCAGGGAAGGCUGGAGCGGAGAUCUUUGUGAUCAAAAUGUAGACGACUGUGCGACGCAGCCUUGCCGCAACAACGGUACUUGUGUGGAUGGCGUGGCGGAUUUCACGUGCAUCUGCCGGGGCGACUGGAAGGGCAAGACGUGCGCGUUGCGUCGCGGCCAUUGCGAGCCAGGUACUUGCCGAAACGGCGGCACCUGCCAGGAUCGCGGCGAUGGUUUCACGUGCCACUGUCCGCGUGGUUGGGAGGGCCCGGCCUGCCACAUCGCGUCGCCGUCGGCAUGCACGAGUAAUCCCUGUGCGAACGGCGCGACCUGCGUCAACACGGUUGAUGGCAGCUAUCGAUGUGUCUGUCGCGAGGGUUUCGAGGGACCUAACUGCCGACGUAAUGUGGACGACUGCCAGCCAUUGCCGUGUCUGAAUGGCGGCAAAUGUGUGGAUGGCGACAAUUGGUUUAGGUGCGAAUGCGCGCCCGGUUUCACAGGUCCAGAUUGUCGCAUUAAUGUGAACGAGUGCGCGAGCGAUCCGUGCACUGGUGGUGCCACUUGUGUGGACGGCAUCGCGAGCUACUCAUGCAUUUGUCCACCUGGUAGAACUGGUCUACGAUGCGAGAUUCGGACGGCUGGUGGGCCUGGCUGCGCAGUUGCGACGUGGGAGGAUGAUUGCAACGUGUGCGAGUGUCGAAAUAGCAAAAACCAAUGCAGCAAUGUUUGGUGCGGUCCGGGUAACUGCCUAAAUGGCACUUCCUGUUUGGCUCAUGAAGUCUGCGUUCCUAGUCCGGGUGAGAGUUGCCUGGCGCCACCGUGUCCAGCGUGGGGUGAAUGCCGUCCUGUUGAAACUGGAAGGCGAGUUGGUCCACCGGCAUUACCAGCUCCGCCAUCCUGCUGGCCUGGACAAUCUACACUCGGGCCAACAUGCUCGAGACUCUCGAUACUAUUGCGUAGAGAUACUCUGGCGUCUGGCACAUCGGUGGAGUUACUAUGCCGUCGUUUGAGGAAGCUUCUGACUGACCCAAGAAGACCGCAAUCGGUGGUAUUACUGUGUGAUUUAAAACCUGGCGAUAAUGAUACAGUGGAAGUAACCAUCUUCUCGGAGGCGGCGGCGGAUGCGGCUCGCGACCUCGGCGAAACACUCAGUCGGCCGCUAGCGAGACCUCUUGUUUUAGCCUCCGUGUUGGAAGUUAAAGUAGAGACGGCGCUGCUUAGCGAGCCCAGUUCGGCAAACGCUGCAAAUGCUGGUGGCUACAUAGCUGUUUUGGGUGGGGCUCUGGCAACUGUGCUGUUAUUAGCAUUAUUCGGCAGCCUUUGGUAUCUCAGAACUAUGAGGCAUAGAUCGAAUCUGACGGCGACUACCAGCAGUGAGACCUCGUUGCAUCGCCAUCGCAGUGAUUUGGACGAAAAGUCGAACAAUCUUCAAAACGAAGAGAAUCUGAGAAGAUAUGCCAAUCCACUCAAGGAUCAGGAUUCCGAACCUCGUGUGUCAGUUGUGAGACCUUUAUCAGGUACCUCGCUCGGCACAUUAACUGGCACUGAGGAAAGUCUCGAAAUGGUGUCUGAAGAAAGCAGACAUCGUUUGCCGCCGCUCUAUAAACCGCCCAGCGCGGAAGCCAGGAAUAAUAUGGCCAGUUUUAGCUAUGAAGAAGGACCACAUAAGCCUUACAGUAAGCCCAGAUUGCAGGAACCGCCGUAUCCUCAUCAGCAGCCGGGUACAAGUCAAACGUCAGGGCCGCAUCAAGUGCUAACGGUACACGUGUGAUUAAAUAUUCUGAAAAUAAUGGGAAGAACAGUUGGAUAGUGUGUGAUCUUCUUGAUUUUUCUUGGAAUAGCGUACAUGCAUUAAUGCACUAAUGAAGAUUGUUAGGGAUUAUAAGAUAAUAUAUCUAUAGACUGAACUUACUUGGAUUUGACCUUUUGUGAUAAACGUGACUCUUGAUUUUUGGAUAAUUAUAGACAACUCUCUGCUGAGAUUCUCCUUUAUGAAAGUUGAAGUAAUGUCUAAAGAAUUAUUAU